GAAUACAUUGAUGUUGAAGCGCCGUUGUUAAGCCCAAUGACUCCCCGCACCCUAUCGGAGUCUGGGCCCAACCAUGGUCUGAGCUCAGUUCGUACGUCUUUCGGCAACGUUUUUGUCAGCGAGGAAAAUGACGCGGAGGACGAAGACGAAGUACUAGUGAACGAGGAUGGUGAACCCGACAAGAGAUCUGAAGAAAAGAGUAGCGACAGUGGACUCGUGGAAUCCGAAGGGAAUUCCGAGGAAUGCAUAAAGGUUGACGACGAAGAUUCGGUGUUAAUCGUAAACAGGUCGGGAAAGGCUCCGAAGUUUCGAGAACGGAAGGAAAGCCAUGUAUAG